AAGAUGGCGGCGCUCAUGAGGAGCGUGCUUGGCUGCUCUAGGUUGACAAUAAGGCUCCCGGUUAGUGUGCAGGUGAAGCGGGAUGUGCGUGCUCUGCGGAGGAAACCCGUGCGGGUCAUUCCUCCAGAAAGCCACCGUGAUGAGCGCGAGAAGAGAGCUAAAGACGUGAAGGAGCCGGCUACCCGAGCAUCUGUGCCUGGCAAGCACCGGCAUGACCCUGUCACUAGGGACAAGAGCCCCGCGGAUAUGCAGCAUGGUACUGCCGAGAAGCAUCAGACAUACGAGCUCAAGUAUGACCGGGCCACCGCGGGGGAUAGGAGACUCAGCAAAGUAGUUACGAUUGCAAAGUCCAAAAAAUUUCGUGAGCGCCAUGGACAGGUUUUGCUGGAAGGACAGAGGCUGCUGGCGGACGCUCUAGACGCUGGUGCCGUCCUGCAAACGCUCUUCUUCAGCAGAGUUGAGCAGCUAAAGACGCUGCCCGUGGAGAAACUUAAAAAGGCAAACCUAAUCAAAGUGAAAUUUGAAGAUAUUAAGAUGUGGUCGGAUGUAGUCACGCCACAAGGACUAAUGGGAAUUUUUGGGAGACCUGAUCAUGUGAAGAUGAAGUUUCCUGAUGUCCAGGUCCAGAACAGUUUACCACUAUCUCUCAUCUGUGACAACAUCCGUGAUCCUGGAAACCUGGGCACCAUUUUGAGAUGUGCAGCUGGAGCUGGCUGCAGUAAAGUCUUGCUCACAAAAGGGUGUGUGGAUGCUUGGGAACCUAAAGUCAUCAGAGCAGGCAUGGGAGCCCAUUUUCGCUUGCCAAUAAUCACCAGCUUGGACUGGGACACUGUCUCUAACUAUCUCACAGAAGACACCAGAGUGUUUCUGGCGGAUCACUUCUGGCAGAACAUCCCCACUGAGGCCACGUGUUCUUCUAAUAAAGCUAUUGAUUAUGGCUGGAUUUCUACUGAUCCCAGGAGGCUACAUAAAAUACAAGACUCUGACUAUUACUCAUCCAGUGAUGAAGAAGAUGGCGAGGAUAACAAAGUACAAGAGAUUCCUAACAUUCCUAUUCAAGGAUAUUCUCAACCAUGGGCCAGGGGCCCCAGUGCACUUGUGGUUGGGGGAGAGACACAUGGACUGAGUUUGGAGUCAUUACUAUUGGCUGAAAAAUCAAGUGGCAGGAGACUGUUCAUUCCUGUUGUACCAGGCAUUGACAGCUUGAAUUCGGCUAUGGCAGCUAGCAUCCUCUUGUUUGAAGGCCGAAGGCAGCUGAAGCCAAGUUCAUAACCAAAGAAACCUUUUUCUUGUAGAUACAUGAAGCUAGUGGGAAUGCAAGAGCUGUGGGCCUGUAUAGAGUUACGCACUGCUUCCAUUUAUGCUUUAUAACAUGUUCAUUCUACCAUCUUGUUAACAUGUUCCUUACACUGUGUGUCAUGCAUAAAUAAAAAAUGUGUAGCUUUUAUGGCUGGAGCACUAGACCUCAUGUCCCAGCUCCUGUACAUUUGCGGCUUCUGUAUGGCUUGGCACUGUGUAGUGACACACUUAGCUAUAUAGGUAACUUGAUCAUAGUGCAUAUCCUAUGGUCUGCAAGCAGGAGAAACUGAGAAUAUUUUUUUACAGAACGCACAUACGGAAUGCACACUGAGUAAUUUCCGUUUUUUUUGCUGACCCAUUGAAAUGAAUGGUUCUGUAUACGGU